AUGUCUGGUGCUUUUAGCCUCUUUGCCACACAGUAUUUCACCACCUCAGUGGACGUGCUGCUGACGAACCUCAUUGUGAGGAAUCUGCUUCCCUCUGCUCUCAUCUGGAUCACCUCCGGACCAGCAGCAGCUGAUCUCGUCCCCUCUGAGUGUGUCCAUCGAGUGACAGAGGUACGAGGCUUCAAUGACCCACAGAAGGAGGAAUACUUCAGGAAGAGAAUCAGUGAUCAGAGUCUGGCCAAUACAAUCAUCUCACACCUGAAGUCAUCAAGGAGCCUCUACAUCAUGUGCCACAUCCCAGUGUUCUGCUGGAUCUCAGCCGCUGUUCUCGAGAAGAUGUUGAGUCAAGCAGAGAGUGGAGAGAUUCCCAAGACUCUCACUCAAAUGUACACACACUUCCUGAUCCUUCAGACCAACAUCAAACAUGAGAAGGACUAUGAGAAGAACGUGACAGAUGAAGACAUGAUCCUCAAACUGGGGAAAGUGGCUUUUCAGCAGCUUGUGAAAGGCAACCUGAUCUUCUAUGAGGAAGACCUGAGAGAGUGUGGCAUUGAUGUGACAGAAGCAUCAGUGUACUCAGGAUUGUGCACUCAGAUCUUCAGAGAGGAGUUUGGCUUGUAUCAGGGGAAAGUCUUCUGCUUUGUUCAUCUGACUGUUCAGGAACAUCUAGCGGCUCUAUAUGUGCACCUCUUUUUUAUAAAGAACUGCUCACAAAUUUUCUCUAGUUUGUCCUCUGACCUCUCAAUGUUUUUUAAGUAUACUUUAUCAGACCUACAUCCGAGAGCUGUGAAUGAGGCUCUACAGAGUAAAAAUGGACAUCUGGACCUUUUCCUGCGGUUUCUUCUGGGUCUGUCAGUGGAGUCUCAUCAGAUUCUCCUACAAGGACUAAUGAAACGGACAAGAAGCAGCUCUGACAGCAAUGAGGAAACAGUGGAGUACAUCAAGAUGAAGAUCAGGACCAUUAACUCUCCAGAGAAAUCCAUCAAUCUGUUCCACUGUCUGAAUGAACUGGGUGAUCAUUCACUAGUGGAGGAAAUACAACAGUAUCUGAGAUCUGGAUCAAUAAAUAAAGCCAAACUCUCUUCAGCUCAGUGGUCAGCUGUAGCUUUUGUGUUGUUGACCUCAGAGAAGAUGCCGGAUGAGUUUGACAUUAAUAAAUUUGUUGAAGGAAACAAUGAAACCAAAAAACUGGAAGUUUUUCAGAAACUGCUGCCUGUGAUUAAAGAAUCCAGAUCAGUUCAGUUGAGGAAUUGUGGUCUCACAGAUGAAAGUUGUGCUGCUCUGGCUUCAGCUCUGAGAUCAAACCCCUCACACCUGAGACAACUGACUCUGUUUAAUAAUAAUCUAGGAAGUUCUGGAGUAAAUUUUCUCUCUACUGUACUCAAGGAUCCUCAGUGUAAACUGAAGAACCUGUGGUAA